UUUCCCUGUUAGUCUCCCCCUUUGCAUUGCAACCCAGUGGUGCGUUCUGCUAAAGAGGCAGAGAAAGAGAGAGAGGAAAAAAAAUUAAAGCAAGGAUUGCAAAGGAGAAGCAUCGCCAAUGCGGAAAUACAUGGACAUCACAUGUCCCUGAGUUCAUUCUUGUCCAAAGAUCUGCUAGCGUCGGAGUCUGCAGAAGGAUUGCAAUCAAAGACAUUGACUUUCCAAUUUAUUUCUUUUUAGAGAGGUUUGCUUUGCAUUGCUUGGAUAAACAAAGACUGGCUGCCUUUUGGGUGCUAAUUGCAGAGGGAUCCGAUCUGCUCUUCAUUGUCAUCAAUAAUCACCCCCUUCUCUUUCCCUUCCCCCUCCCUCCCCCCUUCUCUUUCCCUUUCCCUUUCCUUUUCCUUUUUCUUCCCCCCCUAGCCCCCCCUUCCCAUCUUUCCAUCAUCAUCAUCAUCAUCAUCAUGGAUGUUCUGGCGAAUUACAGUAUAUUCCAGGAGCUGCAACUUGUCCACGACACUGGUUAUUUCUCUUCGCAGCCUUCUUUAGAGGAAAACUGGCAGCAGACAUGCCUGGAGUUGGAGCGAUACCUCCAGACGGAGCCUAAGAAGCUGUCGGACCCCUUGCUGGAAUGCGUGCUGAGCGCCACCUCUGCCGUCAGUGGUGAGGGGGAGCUACCGGACUCUCUCCAACCCUUCGUGCUGAGGAAGCAACCGGACAGGAGUCACCUGCCUUCUACCCCCACCUCGCCGCACAAACUUCCCCAGGAGGCACCCUUUGCCCUGCAGACGACAGCGGAGCCGCUCACUGAAUCCCCAGCUCUGGUCAACCCGGCCCAGCUUAAUGCCGUCACGUCACUGACCCCUCCCUCCUCGCCUGAGCUGGGCAGGCACCUGACCAAGCCACCCCACCCUGUGGCCAGCGCCGAUGACGCCGCGGUGGUGAAGGUGGUCCAGAGGAAGGCAGGCCUGGGCCUGGUCAAGGCCUUGGCCAAGAGCGGACAGGGAGACCUGGAGGUGUCUCCCGACAACAAGAAGAGGGUCCAUCGCUGCCAGUUUAACGACUGUCGGAAAGUUUACACCAAGAGCUCGCACUUGAAGGCCCACCAGAGGACGCACACAGGUGAGAAGCCCUACAAGUGCUCCUGGGAAGGCUGUGAGUGGCGAUUCGCACGGAGUGACGAGCUCACCCGACACUAUCGGAAGCACACGGGAGCCAAGCCCUUCAAAUGCAACCACUGCGACAGGUGCUUCUCCCGAUCGGAUCACCUGGCCCUUCACAUGAAGAGACACGUCUGAGUGGAGGGAACCCACAGGACACCAUGGCAUGACUGUUAGCGGGGGAAGGACCUCUUUGCGAAGAGCACAGACAUGUGGUUGCCUUAUUGCCAUGUUGCAGUGAGCAUGUGUGCAUACACACCCGCGCGCGCACUCUUAUCUCCAGAUGCAAACACAACACACUCUUUAUCUCUUGGCCUUGCCUUACCCAGUCGAUUAGACACUGCCAAACAACUGCUGAUAUACAUUGCAUUUGGAUUUCUGUUGCCAUGGAAACCAAAGGGGAUUACAAACUUGACACCACUUUCCAAGCCUUUGCAGUGUGAACGCGUAUAUCACCUGGCCUUCUAACUGUGGAUUCCAACACUCUGUUCUGCUCCGAAUACAAACCGGCCAAUGACGGGCCUCCGAAGACUGAUUGGCAGGAGUUGCAAGAGGGAUCGGUGGUGGUGGGGGUCAGUGUCGUGUGACCGGGGUGCCAACAGGUCUGCCUGGUGCCAACCCCUUGUGGACUGCUUUGUAACCAUCGGGACUGGGAUGGGACGGGACUGCACAGAGUAUCCUGCCUGUGUCCCUUAGGAAGAGGGACAUCUUCACGGUGGAGUUUGGACGAGGUGCCUAAAGGUUGCUGAAUGGGCCCUGCCCCUCUUUUUCUUGCCCCUUUCUCACCGCACACAGUAGGUAGGUGGUCGCUGGUGUCGUCCUGAACCAGCCGCGCCUUCCCUGAUGCACCUCCCGUAACUCUCGGCUGAGCCGGGCUCUAACAGCAAGUUGAUGGACAGCUAGCUUGGACCAAUCCAACGGAUCGAGGGGAGGGGUUGCUGAAAACACCCGUAGCAAUGCUUAAUUAACCUUGUGGAUUAGGGGCCUAUUUUCAUGAUAACUCUAAAGGGUAUUGCCCCCAACACCUGCCCCCCCCUUCCCUUUAAGUAGCCUAACACUCCUUCCCCUUCUGAUGCUGCAGAGCUUGGUUAAUGUGCCGACACAUCCAACCAGUCUCCUUUCCCUGGCCUCGUUGCCCUGUCCGGAGGAAGUGAGGUUGCUGACUUGGUUUCUAAUGGCAACAGCGUGCCAAUCUGAGCCCCACCCCCCCCCCACCCCCACCCACACCCCCUUUCAGCUGCCUGCCUUGUCUGCACCUGGUGCACAGCUCAAGGUCACCCAGGCAAACCAAAGAUCGGGACAGACAUCCAGCGCUGAGGAACGCCAGUCCUUUCUCCCAGCCCCACCUCCAGUUGCUUUCCCGAUUUCGUUUACUGACCUAACCACAGAUUUUCACGGCACUGCUGGAACCAGGGGCGUGUUUGGCACCUGCUGGUCCUGACGCUGCGAGUGCGGAAGGGAACACAGUGACUCCCAGUCUACCUCUGGGUCUUUGACGCCUGUCCAAACCUCUCACCAUUUGGCUUCCGAUGACCUUGGUCACGAAACACCUGGCAACAGGAUAGACCUGUUGCAAUUGACAUUGGAGGGAUAGCGUGCUGUGAUCACAGUGUCUGGCAGAAGGGGUGAGGGGAGGGGGGGAAGGAACGGCUUUCAGGGAGAUGCCUAGCACUGAGCUCAAAAUUCGUGCUUGCAGCAUGUAAAGUAUUGGACACUGGCUUGUCAGAACCUCUUGUCAGCUCUCGGUCCAACCCAACUGCCCCAACCCCGGUAGCUGGUGAAGAGGAGAAUUCCACGGGCAAGCAUCCUUCCUCCCAGUUAAUGGACCAGAAUUAUGUCACCACCCCACACUAACCUGGAAAGAGAGUGUGGAGUUACUGAACGAGUAAAGGGAUGUAUAUCAAAAUUAAGGUACCUGUGCAAUGUAACAUGAAUUAAACAGGAAAGCCUUUUCCGUCCUCUGCUCUCUUAGGCCUGCCUGUAUCUGGGCUACCAGAGGAAAUUCUUGUUAUCUGCUGGGUUUUUCAUUCAAAGCCCCAAAAUCAAAAACUAGAUAGGCACCAUGGGUCGUGGGCAGUUUACCACAGCGGGACUCUCCUCAGCCCAGCACCCCGCACUUGCUCGGUGACACCAGUGAGAGUCCGCACCGGCCCCGACUCGCUGGGAUUUGUGCCUUAACUAGAUCCUGGUCCCAGACCACUGCCCCUCAACCUCCGAGGCACCAACCUGCCUGCACCACAAGACCUUGGUCUGGUCCCCUUCCAGCUCUUCGGGAGGACUCAACCACUCUCAGCACAGCCAGCUGCUCACCAUGACGGUCAGUUAGGGACGCACACCUUGGGAAUGCCAGCCUGGUCUACCUUCACCGACCCUUCUUAACCUGUCCCAUUCUUAGUGGCUUUAUUUGUUAUGGGUGUUCUGGGAGGGGAGGAGAGGGGGCCUCUUUCAAUGUAGAGGGGGAGAAAAAAACACAACACAGGCAGUUUUUUAUUUUUAAUUUACACUUUAUUAGCCCUUUGGAGGCAUGGACCAUGCUGAAUAAAUCUAAACAGGCUAGUUUUAUUUGUUUUAAAACUAUCACUUUGUUUUACUGAACAAUGAUUGGAACUGUUUCCUGGACAUUUUCAGCAGCCCAAAAAUCCAAACUCCAGUGUUUAUUAUAUUGUAGAGAUUAAAUAUUUAUUGUGCUUCCUCUCUCCCUCAUGUUACCUCCAAGUCUUAUUCUGUGUGUUUCUUUUCCCUCUGUACUUUAUUCUGCCAAAACAUUACCCAAGAUGUCACUUGGAUGGGUGAAGGUUGUCCUUGUGCUAACAGCUAGGUCUUUGUCAGAGGUGAUUUAUAGUCACUGCAAGUUUGGAAAUGGAGGAUUUGGUUUGUUUGUUGUACACCUCUCAUUGUCCUGCUUCCCAACCCACUCAAACCCCGUCCCUCUUGUACCUGGGAGUGAGUCAAUUUUUUUUCCUUUGGACAUCAACCCAGUCCGUGAACAGGAUGGAUCCAGGAACUGUUAAUCCAAGAUUUUGAUUGCAGAACUUGGAUGUCAAACAGUCAGUCCAAAUUGGUAGAGCUACCACUUUAAAAAUGCCCAAUCAGAUCAAUUGGAUUUCAGUUGCCAUGAUAACCAGCUAAAGUGGUGACUGGUGAUGUUCCUCUCCCGUGCAUUACCAGUCGAUUGUAUUUGCAUAAGUUCUGACCUUAUUGCUCAUCUGCAUCUGUGCAUCAACUAUGUCAAUAGACAGCCUGCCUUGCUGGUAAAGUGGGAGUUGGUGCACGGUGACACUGUUGAGUGGUAAUAUCUUAAGCGGAAUUGCUAGUGCAUUUCUGGGCAUUAGCCACUGGGGACUUGCAUCUCGAUUUUUUGCAGCAGCCUUUUAUUCCCAGGGGCGAGUGACAGUCACGGCUGUUAUGUACUGUCGUAUCUUCUUGGCUUUCCUGGUUCCAAAAAUGCCAAUUGUGCCGGAAUGUUCUCUGCCUUGUUACAAGCUGUCCGUUACAGAUGCCCUGUUACUGAUGGUACUUUCCCCUCCCUCAGUCCCUGGCUCCCAAGUCUUGGUAUUUGGCUAUUGCUGAUGGUUAACCUUGCAGUGAAGCCAACGUGACCCUGUGACGUUGGAGGAGGGGAGUGGUUCAACCCAUCACCAUGACUAUCCAGCCCUUCCCCACCCCAACACCACACUCAUUUCCCCAGCCCCUUCUGAGGACACCUGGGCUGCUGUCUGCCCCUCUGCUGCAGCCUGCACAACAUGUAGCAGAGUUUUCAAGGUACUGCAAGCCCCAGUUAUAUUGGGUCUGCCCUCGACCUUCAUGACACAUUCCACCGCCGGAGCCUCCCUGUUGGAGCACAGGUUUGCCUUUCGUUAACGUAGAUGGACGCUGGUCGUACAGAAGUCCCAAGGUGCCAGAAUGCCCUCUGCUCCCUCACUGUCACUGGCACGUCCCCUCCCCUCCUCCAUUACUUGGCAUCCCAGCAAAUCCUUGCCUCCAUUGCAGGGCCCAGGCCAAGGCCCUGGGCUUUGAGACAAGGAGAUCAGUCCACCGAUCCCGAGGGCUACCGUUCCCUGGUGACCAGCUCCCACUAUAGCAACAAGGUAGAUCUUGGUCACUCGCGAUGACCUCUGAUUCCCCCAGCUCGGGUCCUGUACCGGUUGUCAUGUGACCACCAAAUAUCCCACUCCCGCCAUUGGCCACUUGACUCGCCCAUCUUCACUGUGCACCCGCUCUGCUAGCCAGUAAACAGACACUGGUUUCUGGAACGAGCCAGAUUAUUCCUUGCCUCUGUUGAGCAUCUUAUCCAACUCUCACUCAUUACCCAAUAUCGUGCAAUGAAAAAUUCCAAAGAAAGUUAACUUUUUAAUACCCCUAUGACUUCUCUCCCAGAUAUUUGCAUGCGACAGCCUCCCAUUCCCGCAGACUGCUGGAGAGUCCUUGGGCUUCACGCCUGGACUUACUCCCACAGGGCAAGGCUCUGGUUUCAAUAGUAGGGAAGGGCACCUCCUCCCUUGUGUUGGAGGACAGGGUGGGGCGGUGAGUGGCAAACGAGGGAAUUAACCCUCCUUUUCUCUGGGUCCCAGUAGCCCAGCCUGCCAGCAGUAUGGCACAAAGAUGGGAGAGCGACCUACAUCAAACGCUGGCCAGGGUCAAGCGUAAACCUCUAUUAAAUAUAAUGUUCAAAAUAGCAAGCUUGUUAAUUGAGAGCAACUAUUAUAUUCAUGUGUAAACACUGAUCCUACCCCUCGUGUCUCUGCCCUCUCAAAUUUCCUGCCUUUGAACUAUAACAACAAAGCCUAGUAUGUACCCUAUUGGAGACUUUAUUGGAAUUGUGUCGGCCAAACUCCAGCUGAAAAUAUGUCUCCUGUGUUUUGGUGCAUAAUUCUUGAAGGCCAGUAUAAGGCACUACAUUAUCAUUGAGGGAUCAAGUAUAACCAUGUCUUUCAGCUGUUUAAUUGUGUUUUUAUUAUUGGUAUGGGAUCAGGGUCAGUUCUAUACAGGGUACAUACUCCACUCUGACUCCUGCCCCUGUAUGUUUUCUGUUUCACUGUCCUGUUACUUUAAUUUAGGUUAUUUAUUUUGUGCGUGUAUGUGUUCGCAUUGGAGGGUUGAGGCAUCAGUUUGGAGAUCUAGUUACCUGCAAUUUGGCAGAGUUGCUUUAUCGUGAAGCAAUUCUAUCUUUCGAAGUCUGGUUGAGUGUGCACGUAAAGUGUGGAAAUGCUGUACUGCUCACACCAGCACCUGAGGGGUUAAUCUUCAGUUCCUGGAAAAUCUAGGCAAUCCCAGGGGAUCGGUAACUCUAUCCGGUGAUGAUGGAGGAAGUUGGAGGUGUAGAGCUCUUCGUAUGUCUGCCAUGCCUGCCCCCACCUGUUUCCUUGGUAACACUCCCCUACCAUAUCGCACACUCCACAUACAGCAGCUGAAAUAAUUAGAGUUUGGAAGGAAGUUGGUCAGGGGUAGGGUGCCGGUGGGGUUGGAGAGAUUGGGUUGUAAUUGUAAUAUUCACUGUCUGGGAUUCUCCUUAUGACAGGGAAUCCAGUGCCAUUCCAGGAGGCUUCUCAAGUGCCAGCACACAAUUGCUAACUCCACCCUCCUUCACUUCCACCAACACUGCCCAACAUGAUGCUCUGGGUAUUCUAUUUUUGGAUAUGUGCAUAUUUCAGUGGUGACAUUCUGGACCUCAAACAUAAAAGAGCUAGAUGUGAAAAUCUGGCUCAUCUGCCAGAAACUCUCGUUAGGACAAGAAGAUGUGUAGGGUGGAUUAAAGGGAGGGACAUAUAUUUGGGAAUCCAUAUCGGACUCGAGAGGGUGUAAAUGAUUGGAUAUCGAAUGAGGAAGAUGCCAUUACUCAGGCCAUCUUGGAGUUCCACAUACCUGCCCCUGAAAAUUUUCUUUUGUGUUUCGUUUCUUUUGUUCUUUCUCUUCCUUUUUUCUUUUUGUUUUGUUCUUUUCUGUUCCGCUGUUUGUCAGUUUUACUGUACAAAGAGUCUUAAGGAAAAAUAUUCUUUGUAUUAUAUGAUGGUAGUACGUUAAUGUUACAAAAUUAUUAACAGAAGAAAAAUUUAUUUUUGUUACUGGUCUGUUUCCUAAUUCUUUUUUAAAUUGGUAUUGUAAGAUAUCUAUGCAAAAUUUGUUAUGUGGAGCAUUUUUAUUUAAGAAUGUAAUAUGUGUAGAAUACAGUAGAAUAUGCUCGGCCUGAGAUAUAUGGCUUGUGUCCUUUUUUUAUUUUGA